UCACUCAUCCAACUUGACAUGACAAUCAGCACCCUUCAUGAUUGGUCAUUGCAGUGGGUUGUAAAUGGGUAUCAUGCUAUAAACAAGCCUGAGCUCAUAAAGCAGGCAUUCUUCAUGUGUAAGGCUGGGAAGAAGUUCAAUCUCUCAUUUGUGAGUCUCACAAGUUGGGAGGCAUUGCAAUAUUUAUGUGAUGUUCAGAAGAAUGAUCCAGCUGGAUGGGCGAGGAUUGCUACUGCUCAGUACAAGACUGAUGGUGUCGAACAGGCAACAAAUUCUGAGUCAGAGGAUGAGGCUAGUACUAAUGCUAUUGGAGUCAAAUCCCUGUUCAAUGAUGCCAGCAAGCAUGAUCUUGAUGCCAGUGACAUGCCAAUGGAUGCACUUCUUGACCAUAUGGCUUCUGGGGGUGAACAGGUCCAUUCUGACUGCCAUAUCAAUGCAGAUGGUGGACUUUCAUGUGCAAACCACUCUGAAAUCUAUGAUGUGGGUGACAUUGCUGCUGAAGAUGUGGAAGGUAGCUUGAACAGUGUUCUGAAGGUUGAUUAUGGGUGUGGAAAGUGUAGAUGCAUCACAAAUUCGAUGUAUAAUGAUUUUUGGUCCCAUUAG